UAACCGCUAAGACAAUUCUGCGUUCCGCGCUAAUUCUCGCUCACCAAUCGCGCUGGCAGCCGUUUUAUCGUCGCCAAAAUCAUUGCUCAAUAUGUGAUGUUCGUCGUAUUGUGAUUGGCAAACACUCAAACGGCGGCACAAAUCGCUGCCGUCAUCAUCGGGUACUGGUCGUUGUUGUCACGUAGCGUCGUUGUCGUCGUCGUGGUCUUCGUAGAGUAAUACGCGAUGAUUGAAUACCAUCGAUUGGCAGAUAAUUCAUAAUCUUAUUUCGCGGUCAAGUGUGAACCACAUACACGUAUAUAGGUCGGAAUGAUGCAAGUGAUUCUGUCUGUCAACAGAGAUUGGAAGCCAAGAGAGUAUUACAGCAGUCAGGGACCGUGAACUUGGCGGGAUCAGUGAAGCCGGUGGUCACCGACCAUUGGUCGAACGUUCUGUUUUGUGUACGCUGAGAUAACGAUAGUGUGCAUUGUCUGUGCGAUGGUUUAAUUAUUUGCAAGAUUGUAUUUUUGGAGAUUAAAUUUGCAGCGCCGAUAACGACUGUACACACAAGUGGAUUCGCCGGGUGUCGGGAUUACAAAGAAUGCAAUGUUUUCAAGAAAAGUUCAAUGGUUUUGUUUAUAGAAUGUAUGGGAGUAAAUAAAUUGCUGGUCAAAUGCCAAUUAAAAAUUUGUAUUAGUUCUCGACACCUAAAAUAUAUAAUUAGUUUAUUACUCACAAACAUUACGCGCUUCGUUUCAAUUCCAGCAGUGAAAACAAUAUUCAUUACGUAAACGGAUCAGUGUUUCUGCUCCCGAACUGAUUUUAUUGCACUCAACGAGGUGAUCUAUAUUCAGUCACUGUUUGCGAUAAUCAAUCAUCUUCGCGCGCCAAAGUCAUUCAUCAUUUGCGGAUCCCAAACUUGGCCCCGUUACCUCGGCGCCUCCCAGAGGACCAAUGGCGUGUUUAGGCGUAGAAUUUGCGUAACCGUCCACGGAUGUGAACUGCGCGCUGUGAAUCUUCGAAUCUGGGAAUGGAAUGAAGUUCCAAUAAUAGAGUGUCAUGUGUGUCAUUAGCUUUGAUUAUAGGAAUCCAUUUACAUGGAUAACGACAGGCAAAGAAGAAAAAAGUUGUGAAUUGGUUGCGGUUGAAAUGUUGAUGUUGUUGUUUUGACAGCGCGAUUCGGACAAAAAAUUGUUCCAAUCCUACGUCAAUUGUGUGGUUCUAGUCCUGUGUGAUGCUGGAAUAGUGGUUGUUCCAAUUAGCCACAGUCUGCGGUUGGAAAAUUUUGUGAUGUGCCAAUUAUGAUACUGCUUUAAAGCUCCUCAAUGACAGAGACCUUUCACUCAGCAUAAAUCAGCGAUGGAUGGAGAACGUAAAAAACUAGUGGAAAUCAGCGCCAUGUCUUCAUCGCGGUCGAUGAUGCGACAGGAGAAUAAAUAUAAAAUUUAACGAAAAAAAACCACGAUGAGUGGAAAAGGGUGUCAACGAAGUGGCUAUUGAUUGGUGAAAAAUAUUUGCGUAGUCGAAAAAAAGGAAGCAACAGCAAAUUGUUGUCCGAGGCACGACCAACAGUGAUCCAACGAUUCCGAUAUGAAUAAUCAUUACAGAGCGGAGGUCAGGAAAAUUCGAUCCCGUGCUCAACGUAUUCAGGAUGACAUCGAUUCAGAAAACUCCCAUCUGGACGAUCUGUACACGCGGUACCGGCAGCGAUUGCGAAAGUCGUUAUUCAUUUCAGGCCUGGGAAUAUCGAUACUGUCCUGUCUGGUAUCAAUCGCCCUCAGCCAGCUUCAAAAAGCGAUUGUGGCCGACCUGACGAUGCUCGGCGUUGCAUUCCUGCUGCUGUGUGGCAUCCUCGUGGCGCUGCAUUUCCCCGUCGUGAUGAAUUCACCGCUGGCCGCCCUCGCCUUCGCACUGCUCACCACCGGGACCGUCGGAGCCGUCGCCAUUGCCGUCGGUGCACAGCUGGCGCCACUGCCGCUCUUUGCACUCAUUUUGGGUGUCCACACGAUGCUGCCCAUCUCCUGGCCGGUGUCAGUAGUGCUGGCGGUGAUUCUGUGUCUAGUUCACAUCGGGUACCGCCUCUGGUCCGGCCUACACGACCUGCCAACCUUUUUCUUCCCCCAGCUGCUGGCAGAGUUGAUAUUCCUGGCCUCGGCAUCCAUCUCGGGACUGUACUAUCGCAUUAUGUCCGAUGCGGCCCACAUUGAUGCCGUUGAUGGUACCCGCACCGGGAUCGAGCAGAGGGUCCGGUUGGAAUGCGAACGAGAGCAGCAGGAACAGCUCCUGUUGAGUGUGAUACCGGCCUACAUUGCCGCCGAGGUGAAGCGUAGCAUAAUGCUGAAGAUGGCGGACGCUUGCCAAACAGCCGGCGGCCAGACUCAAACACGUUUCCACGAGAUGCACGUACAGCGCCAUAACAACGUGUCCAUCCUGUAUGCGGACAUUGUAAACUUUACACCCCUCUCCGAGCAGCUGACCGCAUCCGAUCUGGUCAAGACACUAAACGAGUUGUUUGGGCGGUUCGACCAGAUUGCACAAGAGAACCAGUGUCUGCGGAUCAAAAUCCUCGGCGAUUGCUACUACUGCGUGUCGGGACUGCCCGUGUCCCGACCCCAUCAUGCUGCCAACUGUGUCAACAUGGGACUGCAAAUGAUAGAUGCCAUCAGAUUCGUUCGUGAGGCCACCGGAUUCAACGUUGACAUGCGUAUCGGCAUCCACACCGGCAAUGUACUGUGCGGUGUCCUCGGUCUUCGCAAGUGGCAAUUCGAUGUGUGGAGUGACGACGUUACGUUGGCGAAUCACAUGGAGAGUGGCGGCGUGGCCGGACGUGUUCACAUCACGAAAGCCACGUUGGACUAUCUGGGCGACAAGUUCGAGGUCGAGCCGGGGGGAGGUGCUGGACGGGAAUCCUAUCUGGCGGAUCAUAAAGUGGAAACGUAUCUGAUCAUACCACCGAAGAAACCGGCGAGCGACCCACCGCCGAGGGCGACCCCAACCUCGAAUGCGCGCACCCCCUCGCCAACCACCACCAUCAGAAUUAACGAGCCCGAAUCGACGGACACCGCUUCGGUCGGCGAACCACCGAAAACACCAAAGACACCCCGAACACCGAGAACUCCGGAUGACCUGCGGCGCUCUCACUCUUCCAUCUCACCCGUUGUCAUCCAGGAGGAGCACGAGCACCUGCUGCCCCGACAGCUGUCCGUCCCAUCCAGUCCUCUGCCGCCGCCCUCCCCGUCACCCCUCAUCAAGCAAACCAGCAUCACCAUUACCACCGAGACAAUCAACGAGGAAGGGGCGGAAAAUGGCGACGAAGCGGAUCAGGAACCCAGCAAGAAAUCCUGCCUCACCCUACCGGUCGAGCCCAUCACUACCAACGGACAUUUACCCGAGCGGGUCGGCAGCCGGAAACUGUCGGUGCAAGGUUUAAUGGCGUUUGCCGAGCGGCGAAAGUCCACCAGCUCCAUUUUCGGUGAUAUGCGAAAGAUGUCCAUCACAAACAUCGACUGCCUCCGUUCGCCGAUGGUGACCACUCCGGGACCUCUGCUGCGCAACCGACCGUCCUCAAAGAUGACCAAAUACGUCGAAUGUUGGGGUGCGGACAAACCGUUUGCCAACAUCACUGAUUCGAAGAUGGCGAGAAAUAUUGGACUGGCGAGCAUCGCCAUGAUUGAGUCUAAUCUUCUGCCAGAGGACGGCCACUGUAACGAGUGCAAAUGCUGGGGCCCACCCAAGGAGCUACAACCGGUAACGAUGUGGUACAGAAAUACAGCCCGCGAGGCCAUGUACCGCGCGCAACCCGAUCCCAGCUUUAGGUACGAUCUCAUCUGUUCAUUCAUUCUGUUCUUAUCGAUCGGAUUGAUACAAAUAGUAGUGUUUAAAAGCAAUGUUGUCGUGGUUGGCUCACUGAGUGCCACGGCGGUGGCUCUAAGUCUGUUUCUAUAUUUAAGUAACUACCAGAUGUCCGAUCUUUCUCCACCGGGAGCCAACGGCUCCGGACAAGUUAUAGCCGCCAGCCGGCCGCUCAGGAUAGCGAUAUUUCUCAUUUCAACAGCUCUGGUAGCAGCCUGUGCCAUAUUUAGUGUGAUAAAUUUCGACGAUUUAGUGAUAGCAAAUGUUCAACUGGUUAACAACACCACCGAGACGGUCACAUUCGAAGUGGAAUACGCCCCUGUGGCUCCCGUCUACCUGUACAUGUGCGCCAUCAGUUUAGCUGCCGUUUCGGGCUUCCUCAAGUCGGGCUUCAUCAUGAAGCUGCUGUUGAUGCUACUUUUUAUUGGCGUUCAGUGCUCGCUGCUCUGGCAGAGCUCGCUCUUCGAAACGUACCAGAUACUUUACGACUCAUGGCCUCUAGCGUUCCAGGGCGCUCUGUUCCUGCUGCUGAUAGCGUCCGUGCUGCACACUCUCGAUCGCCAAGGAGAGUACGUGUGCCGGACUGAUUUCCUCUGGAAGGCCAAACUCAAGGUCGAACAGGAGGAGGUGGAAACAAUGCGUGGGAUCAAUAAGAUCCUGUUGGAAAACAUUCUACCGGCCCACGUUGCCCAGCACUUCCUGAAGAAGGAGCGCGCCGUGCAGGAACUGUACCACGAGAGUUACUCCUCGGUGGCGGUUAUGUUCGCCUCGAUUCCCAACUACAAGGAGUUCUAUGACGAAACCGAUGUCAACAAGCAGGGCCUCGAGUGCUUACGACUGCUCAACGAGAUCAUUUGCGAUUUCGACAAGCUGCUACUGAAGCCUAAAUUCAGUGGAAUUGAGAAAAUAAAGACAAUUGGAAGCACAUACAUGAUUGCAUCCGGAUUGCGGCCCGGUAAGGAGGAGGGGGCUACGAAAAAUAAUGAGCUGGACGAGAAACGAACGGAAGAGCACAACGUCGUGGUGCUGGUGGACUUCGCCAUCGCCCUCAUGACAGCGCUAGAUCAAAUCAAUCGCGAAUCAUUCCAGCGGUUCCGUCUCCGAAUCGGCCUCAACCACGGUCCGGUGAUAGCGGGUGUAAUCGGUGCCCAGAAGCCACAGUAUGACAUUUGGAGCAAUACGGUGAACGUGGCCUCCCGGAUGGACUCCUGCGGUGUGAUGGGACGGGUGCAGGUGACCGAGAACACGGCAAAUGUUCUGAUGGCAGCCGGAUAUCCCUGCGAGUGCCGUGGUCCCAUCCCAGUCAAGGGAAAAGGCAUCCUCACGACGUACUUUGUGAAGACACCAUUCGAUGAUCGCAUCUAAAGAGCCACUCCUGGUGGCGCAAACUUGCACGCCACGACGACGACGACGACGAUGAAGCCUGCUGUGCCUGCAGGAUAAGGUAAUACCGUUUCACCACCCCCACAUAUACAUUCGUUAUGCCGAACACUCACCGCCACCAGUUCCGGCCCGGGGCGGCAUCUCAAUCGGUAUGGUGGGUGAGUGAGAUGGAUUUAUUGGAAACGGAAGCAAACAGGGCUAAAUAGUAGCAGCAAUGUAGUGCGUAGAGCUCUAGAUGAUAUGUAAACAGGAUGCGUUACUGACGCCGAGUGAUGUUCGUUUUCUAAUUGCACUUUGUCGUGUUCCCAUUCUCGAUUGCAAAUUUGAUGUAAACAAUUGAACAUGAACAAAAAAAACUACCAUUUUCUAUUUAGAUUCCAAUUUACACUGUUUGUACAAUGCAUCUAUUUGAUAUCGAGAAGCAAUACGAAAGCGGACAUCCCCACACAAAUUCGAAAGGUCGCCCAAAUGAUACAAAGCAUUAACAUAAAGCCCCAUCGUUAUCAAGUAUGAGUGAAGGCGGCAUGCCAAAUGUCGUACUGCUAGAUGAAUGUGAAUAUUCAUGCACCAAACUGCUGGUUCCGACCACUGAUCGUUUGGGGAAAGUACGUGUGCCAAGAACGUUUGCUAUGGAGCUGCUCUCGAGCAAACGGGUCCAAAAUGUACGUUUUCGCCAAGAUGAGAGUGAAUCUAGCACGACAGUCAGGAUGAAGAAAUAACAAGCGCUAUUAAGCAAAGAACAGUAAACAGAAAGUACAAUAGCAACAGUAUCGCAGAGAAGGGGGGAGGUUAGCUUCUGUGAGCCGGCUCCACGUCAGUUGCCGGCCCGGAGUCAAAUUAAUUUUUGUACAUCAACCACUCCAAAGCAUAACUCCACACCAAGCACCUUUCAUUAACAUUGCCAUUACCAUAAUUUGCCCCCAUCAUUCGCACGUUAUACGGCUCCAGAGCAAGCAUUUCGUAGCAUAGUUAGAAAGGUUCAUUAAAGUAUACCACUUUCAUCUGCCUAACCAGUAGCAAUUGAAAUGCAUAUAAAAUUAAUGAAGAAAAGAAAACCAUGUAAAGUAUAGUGACAAAUUUUAUUGAAUAAAUCUCAUUCGAUUUUCACUGUUUUAUAAAUCAUCAGAUUUUUAAAAAUGUCGUUCCAAAAAAUCAGUUGUAGAAUUAAUAAAAAUGUCAAUUGGAUGGAAA